CGCCAAGUCAUAUAUAUUCACUUCUUGAUGCUCCCGAUUUGUGCAGCUCACCAAACCGCCUACAAUCUCAUGUAUGUACAAUGUACAUGUAGAUGUAUUUGUCGUUACCUUCAUUAUUUAAUUACAGGAACGGACGCCAUUGCAAUUUAUCAAAUCCUCCUGCAAGGCAACAUCCAGCAUUCCAACAUCCGCACAACCUGCCAGCUACGUCUUGCAUCGCAGCUGAAUUCAUGAUCAAUUUCAUGCUGACUUUCCUUGAUCCAUGCGCUGUGGAAUAGUUAACUGCCUAAUGACUACUAGAAUAAAAAGAUUGCUAGUUAGAGGCGUGUACCUGAGGAUGGUGUGGCCACUACGACAAUGUAAAAAAGCAUGUCCUCAGUCAGUGAACUUAUAUAUAGUUAUCAACUAUUUCACUCUUUCACUUCUUUAACCCGCUCUUCCAUACAUAUCUCUCUCUCAGUUUCCCUUCCUUCUGUUCCAGUUUGGAGAUAUCUAUCUGCUUCUCGUGGGAGCGGAGUCCUACGAACUUUCUCAAGCAUGAUACAAAUUAAACACAUGCUUUUACUUGUUAUUUUCCUAUAUAAACUGCGCUUCUCCUAUUCUUAUAGGACACGCAGUAAUAAUUGUGAAUAUCCUGGACAAAAAAACGUUCUCUACAGGCGAAUUGAACAAGGAAGUAUGAGUCAAUUGGUAAGGGUCGCACAGAACAGAUUGAGAGAUCUUAAUACGCUUCUAGACACUUGGUACGGCCACGACGAUCUAAUUCCGGGCGUUGAGCGGUCCACCCAAUACACAUACGAGGCACUCUUUGGAACAGUUUAUGUGGGAAAUACGGGCGCUGAAUAUUUUUUUCAGAAUUUGGCAAUGCGCUACAGGUUUGACUAUGUACGAAGAAGGCUGGACAAGCUUCAAGAAAUUAUCAUGGGGGACGAACCUCUACAAAUAUACUGUUCCGAUGACUUCAUUACAACAACUUUCCCCCCUCAAUAUAGCGAUAUUCACUACCCGCCAGGCACCUACUGGGACAGCCGUAAGGCUGUAAGUGGUGGGUCGGUCCCUAUUUUUCUGCCUUCAUAUGCGAAAUGCAGUCAAGAUCCACUGGCCGGCAGCAGAGCGUUUAUGAGCGAGAUACAUCGAUCACAUGUAUCAGCCGGCACUAUGAUCCUAUGUCCCCAGAACUUCAUAGAGCCUGAUACCACGCCGGAUAUGCUGCGCAUGAGGCGGCUGUCGGAGCUUCGACGCGUGUCAUUCUAUGAUAGAGAUGAACCCUUCCAUCUAGAGCGCAUUACGUAUCGAAAUGUCAUUUUCAUAUUCCUUUGCCUGCUAGGCCAGCUUCCAAUGUCAGGGAAUGAACCGAUGGAUCCCUUUAAGCACCCACCUGUUGCUGGCCGCGAUGUUAGCGGUUGGGAAGCCGCCACGAUGACCGCGCUAACUCAUCCGGACAAAGCAUUAGAUAACCCAGAAAGUUACGCCUUUCUAAUAUUUGCUCUCUACCUUGACGCCGAUGACUGGAGUAUUGGCAUUUCUGUGCCCAUGCUGCCAAGCGAGCAUGGAAUUACCCACUUUUACUACUCUAUAGAUACGACGCUCGAGAAGCUGGUGCGGGAUGGGAACGGUCCAGAUGAGGCGCCGCCAAUGGAUUGGAUAGUGGAUUAACGAGAACGAGAAGCUAGGCUGUGGUCGGGAGCUUGCAGUAAACUCGAUAUAUAUACAAUACGCCUUAAAAAAACGUCUAUCUGAUCACCGGGUGUUGACGAUCGUGAUAAGGAAAAUUCGAAGAAUGGGGGGUUCUCAUGCAACCUGGGGAAGUUGAGAUAGGAAAUUUUUUUAAGGGGGGCUUGAUGUUUCGCGCCAUUAUAAAAACUCAACUUUCCCUUUCAACCCUUGACUUUUU